AUGAAACUUCGAAUGAUUUUCAGCUGCACUAUCUUGCUCAUCGUAACUGCCUUUGGUCAGUUCAUCAACAAUGAGCAGGUGAUGUCUGUCUCCGAUUCCGGCCUCGAAGGCAAACUUCUCGACAGCUCAAUUGUACAGGAUGGGCCGCCCGUCGAAUCGUCUGCCGCUGGGCCUGAGCCUUUCAAUCCUGCUUUGGGCGCGGACUUUGAUCCCGACGUAUUUGCCAGCAACCAGUUGUGGGAAGGAUAUAUCAGCAAGGGUAGUUACCUGUUCUGUCUCAUGAUUGCUUCAGGCGAAACUGCUGGAAGGCUCAUGGGAACUCCCCGAACUCCGCCUUCAGCUUCUAGCCCAUGGGUGAUGGACGACAUAAUCCGCGGAACCUAUAAAUUCGCUGUUAAUGUAAGGGAUGGCGUAACCAUCGCACGACAAACUCUAAGUCCACGUACUGCCGUGCGACACCCAUUUAGUUGGGGUCGCGAAGUGCGGCCUGACGAACUCCCUGAGCUGCAACAUGUUACGGACAUUCACUGGGGAUUCUGGAUAAAGAAUAAUCCCAACAUCAAAAACUUUCGUGGCUAUGGCGUCGAGAACGUUGUAAACGACCAUACUGUUCUCCUCGUGACUCGCGCGCUGCGAAACAGACGCAAAUUUGCUUUGGAGAUUUGGCCGGGCGUCAUGUUUGAGAAGGGUAGCGAAGAGUACAUGGCAUUGAUCGGCUCUCCUAUUGGCGAUACUAUUGCCAACUUUCUCAUCACCCACAAACCUUGGCUCGGCCUAAAACAUGUUACGCACGUCAUAGUUGUUUGUGACGGAAAUGAUCAGGACACUUGCGCAAGAGGUAUGAAUAAGAUGCACUUAUUCUUCACCGUCGAGGAUGCGCAUUUCGAGAAUGAAGAAGGCAUCGAAGGGAACGAAGGGAACAGAGAGACGGGCCGGAUUGAAAGCCAUGUCUUCCAUGUAAGGGAUGACGGGAAGCAAGUUGUCCGGGAGCACAAGGUCACGGCGAAUCUCUGGGAUGAGGUGAACGCGUGGGGUUCCAGGGUGUGA